UAACAUCAGCAGUAGUUCAAAGUUUAAGUCGACUUAUCGCUGUAUAAUUCGUGAAUUCUCAGAGACACGACAGUUUCAGAUGAGUGUUUGGAACAACAGACAAAUGAAGACUGUGACCAAGUUGCUAAAUUGAAGCUUGAUCGAAUUGCCUUCAUUUGAGAACCAUCGGAAUCUGAUCUUAGAUUUUAAGAUGGGUCUUGAACAGAAGCUCGUUACAUUCAUCAUUUUCCUGGCAUUUUAUUUCAUCAAUCACAAACCACAUCUGGGGUAUCCCGAGGAAUCAUAUCGGACUGUUAUAUCUAAAAUCCUUCCCGUUGCCACGCUUCUCGGAAUUGUUCUCACCUCAAAAAUCAGCACGGAGUUUGGAGAGAAAAUACACGAAGCGAGAAAAGAUUACAAAAAGUUUAUCGGGAUUGGACUUUUCUUUUCCAUGUUUGGAGAUGCAUGUCUUGUUUGGAGGCACCAGUUUUUCAUACCCGGAGUGUUGUUCUUCGCCGUUGCCCAAAUGAGUUACCUGAGAGCUUUCAAACUCGACCCCUUUGGACCAUUGGGUGUGUUUCUCGUAUUUUACGGGUCAGCACUUGGAUUAUAUGCUUGGUUUUGGGUAUCAAUAGACGAUUCCAUACUGUCACUUCUUGUAGCAAUUUACACUGUUCUCAUCCUUGGGAUGGCAUGGAGAUCCUUUGUGGAACUGCGAUUGACGGGGACAUUGCGAUCGGUUUUUGCCUGCUUUGGAGCAUUUGCAUUUACCUUCUCUGAUCUUAUUAUCGCCGUUGACAAAUGGAAAUUUGAGGUCGACAAUGCAUCAGCGCUGGUCAUGAUAUCAUAUUAUGCCGCUCAGUUUGGACUAGCAAUGUCAGUAGCGGUGUCUUCGUGAUCAAUGGUUCCUACAUGUCCUAUAGCAGUAUAGGCCGACCCUUUAACAAGUUGAACUGAUGAGUAUACGCUGGGAUACCGAUGCAAAUCAUUGACAUUAAUUGGGCCCAUAGCCAGCUUUUGCCAAGGGGGUUCACUUUUUAAAAAAUUUCGGAGGGGUUUACUUUGAC